GCCCCAUAUAUAUAUAAACUGGCUGGCUCGCGCAGUGCGAGCAGCUGCAAUUCAGAGCAGAGCGCGGCCGGUUGAGCUCUUCCUUUUUUUUAACGGUUUUAACACGCCGAUAACUGACGUUUUCAGGAUCGUACGGGAACAAUCCUUGUUGUUUUUUCCUUCGUGUUUUCUAUUGGAUUUUUGUCUAUUGAUAAACAUGGCGGUGACUGAAGCUGGAUGUGAUCUAACUUACUGCAAAAUGAGGGGGAUUGUCACCGUUCUCACCGCUUUCAUCAAAGAGAGAAAAAUGGGGUUGAAUGACUUCAUCCAGAAGCUGGUUUCUACCCCACAUAUCUGCCAACAUGUUGAAGUAAACAACUUCCUGACGAUUGAUGAGAAUCAAAACGAGGAUGUUGAUGCGCUUCCAGAACAUCCGCUGUACCUAAAUUCACGAAGUUCACUGGCUGAGGACACUCAGAUCAAACCAUGUGAUUUUGACUACCUCAGAAUCAUCGGCAAAGGCAGCUUUGGAAAGGUUCUGCUGGCUCGACACAAGGAGUCCGCCAAAUAUUACGCUGUCAAGGUGCUACAGAAGAAAAUCAUCAUGAAGAAAAAAGAGCAAAAGCAUAUCAUGGCUGAGCGCAGUGUGCUGAUGAAGAACAUCAAGCAUCCCUUCCUGGUGGGGCUGCACUACUCCUUCCAGACUACUGACAAGCUGUACUUUGUACUCGACUAUGUUAACGGCGGAGAGCUGUUCUAUCAUCUCCAGAGAGAGAGGGUCUUCCUGGAGCCCAGAGCCAGGUUCUAUGCUGCUGAAAUUGCAAGUGCACUUGGCUACCUCCACUCCCUGCACAUUGUGUACAGGGACCUGAAGCCUGAAAACAUCCUGUUAGACUCACAGGGUCAUAUUGUCCUCACAGACUUUGGCCUCUGCAAAGAAGGCCUUGAGGCCGAUGGAACAACAUCCACCUUCUGUGGGACACCAGAGUACUUGGCCCCUGAGGUUCUCCAGAAGCAGGCGUACGACCGCACAGUUGACUGGUGGUGUCUGGGAUCAGUGCUCUACGAGAUGCUCUAUGGACUUCCCCCGUUCUACAGCCGCAACACAGCUGAGAUGUACAACAACAUCCUGCACAAUGCUCCUGUGCUCAAGCCCAAUGUAUCAAACGCAGGCAGGGAACUGCUUGAGGGGCUCUUGCAGAAGGACCGCACCAAGAGGCUGGGAGUCAAGGACGACUUUCUUGAACUCAAGUUCCAUUCCUUCUUCUCUCCAAUCAACUGGGAGGACCUGAUGGCCAAGAAGAUCACACCUCCAUUCGCCCCCUCAGUGAGCGGUCCCACAGACCUCCGACACUUUGACCCCGAGUUUACCCACCUGCCAGUGUCCUCCUCUCUGUGCAACGACACCCUGGCUGUGACCAGCAGCAUCAAGGAAGCAGCCGGGGCUUUUCCAGGUUUCUCUUAUGGCCCUCCGGAAGACCACCUCUUCAUGUGAACUCCAACAUCUCUGCCCUUCUGUCCCGGGAACUAACAAGAGACACAAAAUACAAGCUCUCAAGAGAGUCUUAUCUUGACAGAGGGACCACACUGGAGCAGGCUGUUUUGGGGGGACGUUAGGGGAGGACCUUGAAGGAUCUUGUACAUUAAAAGUGUACGGAUGGGGACUCUCAUGUUACAAGACCAUUGGCCCUACUGUUCUGCCUCAACCGCCCAACACUAUAAAACGUGUGUGCCAAGUAUGGAUGCACUCUGGGGUCAUGAAUCAUCGCGGUCACGGCUACCGGUGAAGUGACAUGAAGAGAAGUGCCUGAGGCUGGGAAGGAAGUUUGGACGGCAGCAGCGUUGGCAAGAGCCAACUUUAUCAAAAACCACAGAAACAUCUCAUCUGUUUGGGCUUUUGGCCAGGGCGCUAGACGUUAAGGUUGAUGCCUUCAUUUAAUGUCUACAUUUGUUCGAACUGUUUUUGUUUCAAAGUUCAUCAUGCAUUGUUAUUUUCAUGUGAAUGCUCAAUUGCACUUGCGGAAACAAGGGUCAAGAAAAGUAAAAGAUUCUGCUUUAAAGUAUCAGCAACUUGGAUUAGAUUAAUAGCUAGAAUAAUAAUGUUUAUUUCAUAUCUCUUCUGUGAAAGAAUGGCAUUCAAUGUGUAAUGUGUUACACUUAUAGUGAUACUUGGACCAAACAGUUUACUAUGGUAUCCUUUAACACAAUCUUUUUUUGACCUACUUGUCCUCAAAAACUGAAGAUCAAAGUUUGACUUUACUGUGUAGAAGAAAAACAUUAUAUAUAUUCUAUUGCAUAACCAAAAGGUUUUCCAUGUUUUAACAACACACAUUAAUUCUUUACUUAAAGAAAAGUUUGUCAUAUAAUGUCAAUUAGUUAUUAUAAAUUAGUAACAUUUCCUGUAUGACACUAUAUUCUAUUUUUGGUUUUCCAACUCCUUCAUUUGCAACCAGUGACUGUGUUAAUCUAUAUCUCCUGUUUAUGAAAGUCUACUCUUAUUGAUCAGGAGAGCGCUGUAUGGAGUUCAACCAGCAAUAACAGGCCCACAUCAAUGAUAGCACACACUGUAUAUCAAUCUUCUGUCAAAUUUAAGUAAAGGCUUUUUUAUUGCAAACACUCCAGACGAACUAUAGAAUCUGUGGUUAUAAAUGUUUUUGUAUUUAUGCGUCAUGAAGAGAAGAAGUGUGAAUGUCUUGUGCCGGUCCAAGGCGGCCUGAUCCAUAUUAAGUGUAUGUACAUAUCUCUUUUCCCCAAACCUCUGGGUCCAUUUAUAGAUAUUUUUAAAGUGCAUCAUUAACUUGAAGAAAAAACCACUAGAUGGAGCAGGCGCCGGCUUCUCACAGUGUGUAGUCACUGUCCUACUGCCUAGUACGGUUCUGGAGUGCAAUAAAGUCUAGUUAAGUCCAAAAGAAUAAUUCUGAUUUGAUCUCUUUAGCAGAAGUAUACCUUGUAAUUCAUGAAGUGAUAUUCAUUAAGUUAUUAAGAGAGGAUCUCCACUCAAACAGAUAUUGUUCAUUGAGUCUCCGCAUUUUAGCCGUUUGAGAGAGUGUAUUUUCAAGCGUGCUGAAAAAAAAGAGAGAAAAAGUAAGGCACAUCGUUCUAGAUCAUUUCUUCCAUAUUUGGAAGCAUUACUUUUCUGUUUUUUAUUUUUUAUGUAUAUUUAUUUACAUGCUACUGUGUAAAAGAACUUACAUGAUCAACUGAAAUAUUGAAUUGUGUAAUCUGUGUCAGAAAUGGCAAAUAAAUUCUCCAAAUUCA